AUGAGUGCAGACGCCGUGGAGCACAGGGAGCCUCAGCACGGACAUGCAGACAUUGAACAAAAUGGCAUUGACUUCACAAGACAGAUAAAGACAGAGGACCUAAAUGAUUCUCCGCACUCCACCUCAUCGCACAAGACAUGCCACCUGACACAGGGGUCACCGGUGGCAACAGGACAGCUGCCUGGGGAGCUGCCAUCACUACACCCGCUGCCCCAGCUGGUCCUCAUGCCUGGCUCCCACCUGUCCUCCUCUUCACCCUUCCUCAUCUCUCAGACCCAGCCUGGGCAUCAAGCUCUGCUGCAGCCAAACCUCCUGUCCCUGCAGACCCAGUCACAGCCAGGUCUUCUGCAGCACCAGCCAGGCCUGGCCCUCACACCUCAGGCAAUGGGUCGGACGGGCCUAGCUGGGUCCUCCUUGGACAGCCACUUGGACAUGUCCCACCUGUCGGUACCGAAGAACGCAGGAGCAUCUCAGCAGGAUGAGCCCAAUGAUCUGGAGGAGCUGGAGCAGUUUGCAAAGUCCUUCAAACAGAGGCGGAUCAAGCUGGGCUUCACACAGGGUGAUGUGGGCCUGGCUAUGGGGAAGCUCUAUGGGAACGAUUUCAGUCAGACCACCAUCUCCCGUUUCGAGGCUCUGAACCUCAGCUUCAAGAACAUGUGCAAGCUCAAGCCCUUGCUGGAGAAAUGGUUGAGUGAUGCAGAAAACUCUCCCUCUGAUUCCAUGGCCAAUCCCACAACCUUACCGCCUCUCAUGGAGGGCUACGGGAGAAAGAGAAAAAAGCGGACAAGCAUCGAGACCAACAUCAAACUUACAUUGGAGAAGCGCUUCCUAGAUAACCCCAAGCCAAACUCAGAAGAGAUCACACUGAUCUCAGAGCAGCUGUCUAUGGAGAAGGAAGUGGUGCGGGUGUGGUUCUGUAACCGGCGGCAGAAGGAGAAGAGGAUCUACUGCCCAGUCUCCACCUCACCUGUAAAGACCCACAACUAUAAUGCCAGACUGCCACCCACUACCAGAACAUUCAGUCCUCUUGCCUCAGGAGGUGUGUCCAGCAGCUCCUCUCCAAACAGCCCAAGUCGAAGCUCUUCCCCCAACACCCUGUCCUCUUCCUCCAGCCCUCUGACAUCACAGGCAGUCAACCAAUCCUUCAAUCCUACGAGCUCAUGGUAUCGUUGGAACACCAAUACAUAUCACCACUGAGUUAUCUAGAUUAAAA